AUGACAGAAUUCGUUCAAAACAGCGAAGCGACAGAAAACGAGUUGACAGACAUCAUAUCCGCAGUUGUCUUCAACGAACGCUCUCUCCAACUCUCCCGCCUGUCGCAGCAGCACCAGCUCCAACUUGGUAAUAUCCUUCUUUGCGUUUCUGAGGCGAGAAGAAUGGACUCCCAGCUUCUUUCCUCAGCUCUUUUCAAAGAUGUUGAGCUCCCGACUCGACGAACAAUCACCUUUCUCCAACAACUUGCUUCGGCAAAACAUAUGUAA